AUGGUCGCCUUCCUCGGCCUCGCACCCAUCCCCGAAAUCAUCCAGAACCAGAUCGUGCCUGUCCUCCCCCUCUGGGCCCUCGUCUCCUUCGGCGCCUACCUCCUGGGCAAAUUGGGAUACGGCGUGCUGACAUUCAACGAUGUGCCUCAGGCGCAUGCGGAGCUCAUGAAGGAGAUUGAUGAGGCGCGGGCGGAUUUGAAGAAGAAGGGGGUCGAGGUUGAUUGA